CUAAUGAAAUUGCUAUAUAGAUGAGAGACAUUUUUUUUCUGUCAGUUAUCACCAAACAACACACGGAACUGGUUGUGAACACAUUUCUUCUCGUAAUUUUACGAUAAUUUAAAGUACUUAGUUCAAAUUUAACAUGGCUAGCAAAGGUAACAUUGGAAUCAUCGGAAGUGGUCUCAUUGGCAGUUCGUGGGCCAUGCUAUUCGCAUCGGUCGGUUACAAUGUAACACUCUACGAUAUUUUACCAGCUCAGGUUGAUGGAGCAAUGAAGCAUAUCAAAACUGAAUUGAAAGAUCUCGAAUCGAAGGGACUUCUCCGCGGUAAACUGACUGCCGAUGAGCAAUUUGCUUGCGUAAAGGGCACUACAGACAUCAAAACCAUGGUGAAAGAUGCUAUUUUGAUUCAAGAAUGUAUACCAGAAAUUCUCGAUCUGAAGAGAAAGGUGUACGGUCAGCUCGACGAAAUUAUCAGCGACACCACAAUCUUGUCCAGCUCAACAAGUACGUUCUUACCGUCGCUCAUCAGUAAAGAUUUGAAACAUCGAGCACAGAUGAUAGUUUCGCAUCCGGUAAAUCCUCCGUACUACGUUCCACUGGUGGAAAUCGUACCGGCUCCAUGGACGAAACCAGAAGUGGCGAAACGAACCAGACAAUUAAUGGAAGAAAUCGGACAGAAGCCCGUAUCCCUUAGCCGAGAAAUCGAGGGAUUUGCAUUGAAUCGGAUCCAAUAUAGUAUUUUGAAUGAAGUGUGGCGAUUGGUAUCUGAUGGGAUUUUGAAUGUUAAAGACAUCGACACUGUCAUGUCCGAUGGAUUGGGUAUGCGAUACGCGUUUUUGGGAGCAUUGGAAACGGCUCAUUUGAAUGCUGAGGGUAUGGCGAACUAUUGCGAACGCUACGGAAAGACUAUUUAUGAGGUCAGCGAAACAAUGGGACCAACUCCUAAAAUGGAAGGACCAUCUGCCGAAGAAGUGUCUAAACAAUUGGAGGAAAUGUGUCCAAUCGAUCAAUUGCCGCAACGUCGUGCAUGGAGAGAUGCAUGUCUAACUAAAUUGAGCCAAUUGAAGAGAGAAAUGGGAAAUUAGAGCCUCCUUUAUAUUUGUGCUUAAUUUUUGACGAGUGUUGCUUAAUUUACUGCAUCUGUUAUCUUAUCACUCCUGACAAGAACAACAACAACAAUGUUCGCUGUGUAUUUGAAAAUUGAAUUGUUUGAUUUGUAAACUACAGUCAAUGUUGUCUUAUUCUUUCAUAAAUUAAACUGCUAUCAGGCUAAAAUUACAAAA